AUGGCCACCUAUCGUUUAGUUCUUGUUCGUCAUGGAGAAUCGACCUGGAACAAAGAAAAUCGCUUUACAGGUUGGACUGAUGUUCCACUGACUCAACAUGGAAUAGACGAAGCUAGAGAAGGUGGUGAAAUGCUCAGACGCCAAGGUUUAACCUUUGACGUCGUUCAUACUUCAGUGCUUAAAAGAGCAAUCCAAACAAUGAACAUUGCCCUUUCAGAAAUCGACCAAGAGUACUUACCAGUCCAUAAGCAUUGGAGAUUAAAUGAAAGACACUAUGGAGGACUGCAAGGACUCAAUAAAUCAGAGACUGCAGCUCUGCACGGAGAAGAACAAGUCUUGAUAUGGAGAAGAUCUUAUGAUAUCCCACCUCCAAGUCUUGAAGAAAGCGAUGAAAGACACCCAGGUAACGAUAAAAGAUAUGGAAAGCUUCCUAAAGAUUGUUUACCAAGAACUGAGUGCUUAAAAGACUGUAUUCAAAGAGUGCUUCCUUACUGGUAUGACGCAAUUGCCCCAGAUAUUUUAAGUGGGAAAAAUGUAUUGAUUGUAGCCCACGGAAACUCUUUAAGGGGCUUAGUGAAGCAUUUAGAUAAUAUGAGCGAAGAGGAUAUUUUGAAAUUAAACAUACCAACUGGGAUCCCACUGGUCUAUGAAUUAAAUGAAAGACUGCAGCCUAUCAGGCACUACUAUUUAGCUGACGAAGAAGAAGUUAGAAGAAGAAUCGAAGCAGUCGCUAACCAAGGAAAAGCUAAGUAA